AUGUGCAGUGCAAGAAGAGUAGGCAGGCAUUGGAGGAAGAACCGAAGAGACUCAGAUUCUCUCUUCAAGAAGAAAGGGAAAAAUCAUGGGAGCAAUCACCACAACAGCAAUGGUGGUAAGCCCAAACAGAAAGUUCCAUCACCACCAGCAGCCUCAGGGUCGAAAAAACCUCCACCAGUAACCCCGCCAGAGAAAGGUGGAUACAAUUCACCUUCUUCCACUGUCUUUGAUGUGCUGCAUUUUGGUGCAAAGGGGGAUGGUAGCACAGAUGAUACAAAGGCAUUCCAAGCUACAUGGGCAACAGCUUGUAAAGUGGAGGCUUCAACAGUUAAUGUACCAUCAGGAUAUAUAUUCCUUGUGGGACCCAUUUCAUUCUCUGGUCCAUACUGUCAACACAAUAUUGUUUUCCAGUUGGAUGGAAAAAUUAUUGCUCCAACGAGCUCAAAAGCUUGGGGUUCAGGUCUUCUACAAUGGCUAGAAUUCACAAAACUUGUAGGAAUUACAAUCAAGGGAAGUGGCACGAUCGACGGGAGAGGUUCUGUUUGGUGGCAAGAUUCCCCCUAUGAUGAUCCUAUAGAUGACGAAUCGAAAUUAAUUGUUCCAAUAAACAGAACAGUUGCAGAAAAACCUCCAAUUCCUUUAAGUGGUUCAAUUGGAGGGAAAAUGCCAAGCAUUAAGCCAACAGCACUAAGAUUCUAUGGGAGUUUUAAUGCGACAGUCACUGGCAUCACAAUUCAAAACAGUCCUCAAUGUCACCUCAAAUUCGAUAAUUGCAUUGGGGUAUCAGUGUACAAUUUUAGCGUCUCAUCUCCAGGUGACAGCCCGAAUACAGAUGGAAUUCACCUGCAGAACUCCAAAGAUGUGCUUAUACGAAGUUCCAACCUUGCUUGUGGGGAUGACUGUGUAUCAAUACAAACUGGAUGCACAAAUGUAUACGUACAUAACGUUAAUUGUGGACCGGGACAUGGGAUCAGCAUUGGAGGGCUAGGAAAAGACAACACCAAAGCUUGUGUCUCAAAUAUUACUGUCCGAGACAUCAAUAUGCAUAAUACUAUGAAUGGUGUCAGGAUAAAGACAUGGCAGGGAGGUUCAGGUUCUGUUCAAGGAGUGCAGUUUUCAAACAUUCAAGUUUCUGAAGUCCAAUUUCCAAUUGUAAUUGAUCAAUUCUACUGUGAUAAAAGAAAAUGCAGUAAUCAAACAUCAGCUGUGGCUCUAUCAGGGAUUAAUUAUGCAAAUAUAAGAGGAACAUACACAGUAAAACCAGUGCACUUUGCAUGUAGUGAUAGCAUGCCAUGCACGGGGGUGACCCUUACAGGCAUACAGUUGAAGCCCCUGCAAGAACACUACCAUAUGUAUGACCCGUAUUGUUGGCAGACUUUCGGAGAGCUCUAUUCUCCUGCUGUCCCUCCCAUUCAAUGCUUACAGAUUGGAAAGCCAUUGAGAAACAAGAUUCACAGAGAUACUGAUUCAUGUUGA